AUGUCUGUGCUGUGUUUGGGUCCCAGUGGCUCUGGUAAAACAUCAUUACUGAAAAGACUACAAAAUUCCGAUUCAAUUGAUUUUACAUCCAAUUCCAUACCAACAGUCGGAACCAAUAUCUAUACAAUUAAAAAGGUUUCUGAAUCCAGCAAACCAGCGAAGCAAAUAAACAUUCGCGAAGUCGGAGGAUCGAUGGCACCUAUUUGGAAGAAUUACUUCACCGGAGUCAAUAAAAUCAUGUAUGUUGUUGACACGUCUAAUUUAUGCCAAGUUACGGCCAGCGGUGUGCUGUUUUAUAGUAUUUUAGCCGAUCCUCGAUUGAAAGAUACCAAAGUAAUUUUAGUAUUGACUAAAAUGGACUUGGCGUAUCGACAAAUGAGAAAUGAGGCACUAUUAAUGUUGCAAUUUAAUAGACUACAAAAAGAAAUUCCGCAGAAAAUUAGUGUAAUCGAAGCAAGCGCCAUGACUGGGCUGGGUAUUGACAAUAUACAAGAGUGGCUAUUUAAAUGA